UGUUGUUGUUUUAAAAAAGUGAAAGUGGGCGCCGGGAGCUCCCUUUGAUCCUCCCCCUUCCUCUCUCCCGGCCCGGGCGCGCAGAGUCUAGCGCUCGAUGGGCGCCCCGGCCGCGCCGCAGCCACCCGCAGGAGCUGCCCUGCCCUCGCCGGAGGGUGCCAUGUUUUGUAAGUAAAAAGUCGCUGGGGCGCUUGCGGAACCCUCUCCCCCUUGGUGGCGGAGGCGGCCAGGGCGCGCACGCGCCCCGAACCCCCUUUUUUCCCUCUCUCUCUCCCUCUCAUCUCCUCCUCCCUCCCUCCCCCGGCUAUCCCGCAGGCAGUGCUCGCGGGGGUCCUUCUUGCUCCCUCCGGGCGGCUGCCCCCUUUUCGGCCGGGGCAGAUGCGAUAAGGAGCGGCGGCCGCGGAGGCAGCGGACUCGGGGCCCGGAGGGCGCGCCGCCGCCGGCACCAUGUCCAUGCUGCCCACCUUUGGCUUCACCCAAGAGCAAGUGGCGUGCGUGUGCGAGGUGCUCCAGCAAGGGGGCAACAUCGAGAGGCUGGGCCGCUUCCUGUGGUCCCUGCCGGCUUGCGAGCACCUCCAUAAGAACGAGAGCGUCCUGAAGGCCAAGGCCGUGGUGGCUUUCCACCGGGGCAACUUCCGCGAGCUCUACAAGAUCUUGGAGAGCCACCAGUUCUCGGCGCACAACCACCCCAAGCUCCAGCAGCUGUGGCUCAAGGCGCACUACAUCGAGGCCGAGAAGCUGCGGGGGCGACCCCUAGGGGCCGUCGGCAAGUACCGGGUCCGCCGCAAGUUCCCCUUGCCCCGCUCCAUCUGGGACGGCGAGGAGACCAGCUACUGUUUCAAGGAGAAGAGCCGCAGCGUCCUGCGGGAAUGGUACGCCCACAACCCUUACCCGUCCCCCCGGGAGAAGCGGGAGCUGGCCGAAGCCACCGGCCUGACCACCACCCAGGUCAGCAACUGGUUCAAGAACCGCAGGCAGCGCGAUCGGGCCGCCGAAGCCAAAGAAAGGUACGAGGAAAACAAUGAAAACUCGAGCUCCAACGGCCACAAUCCACUUUCCUCCUCUUCUCUGAAUGGCAACAAGGCAGUUUUGGGCAGCUCUGAAGAUGAGAAAACACCUUCAGGGACCCCAGAUCAUUCGUCAUCCAGCCCAGCUUUACUGCUCAAUUCGAACCCAGGUUUACAGCCGCUCCACAGCUUGGGCCAUCCCCAGGGUCCUAGCGCUAUCCCGGUACCAAGCGCAGACCCUCUGCACCAUCACAGUUUGCAAGACUCCAUCCUCAACUCCAUGUCUUCCAACCUAGUUGACUUGGGAUCUUAAAAACCACAAACACAGAAACAAAAACAACAACUGCAAAUAUUCUCUUAACCCAGGGCUCCCACAAAGCUGUCUUCUUGACUUCACAAAGAGAUCCCAAGCAACUUCCUACCUAUUACACAAACUGUUAGAAGGGUAGCACAUUCUUAUUGUAUGGAUCUGGUGUCUCACUUUGGAUUGAUGGGUUGACCAUUGAAUUAUUGGGAAGGUACUGCAAACUCCAGACUUUUGCCAGUGGUUUUUUUUUUG